UUAACCAGCCACAGCUGAUUCUCAUUGUAGAUGAACAUCUACACAGGUGUUACUCCUUCAAUUUCAUUACAAAAGGAGACAACUGCUGAAUAGGUUUGUUUUGUGAUGUAAACAUGGACCCAGCCAGAAAUGGAGAAGUGGCUGAAAGAGGAAGAAGAGUGGCUGGGAGGGGGCGAGGAAUACGUAUGUGUGGUGGAAGAAGAAUAAGAGGAAGAUCAAGAGCUGUAGUCGCAGAUGAGAUCAGAGCUACUGUAAUUGAUCAUGUAGUAAAUCAUGGUCACUCAAUGAGAGAGGCUGGUCAGAGAGUGCAGCCAAAUCUGCAACGCUCUACAGUGGCAUCUAUUGUUAGAGUUUUCCGGCAAACCAACAGGACUCAACGGUUACCUCACACAGGAGGGAGAGGACGGAUGUUCACUGAUGUGCAGCAAACUGCCAUUGUUGAUAUGGUCAUCAGAAACAAUGGGAUAAAACUCACUGAAAUUAGACACAGAGUCUUGGCAGACCACGUUACUUUUGCAAAUAUUCACCGUGUAAGCAUAACAACAAUUUCUAGAGUCCUGAAAAAACAUCAGGUCAGGAUGAAACAGUUGUACACUGCGCCUUUUGAGAGGAACUCUGAACAUGUCAAGCAACUCAGGAACCAGUAUGUCCAGAGAGUCAUGGAGAUUGAAGGUAGGCAAACACACCACAUUUUCAUCUUUGUGGAUGAGGCAGGUUUCAACUUGGCCAAAGCACGGCGACGAGGGAGGAAUGUGAUUGGGAAGAGAGCCACAGUGAAUGUCCCGGGCCAGAGGGGUGCCAACAUCACAAUAGGAAUUCUUUUCCUCAUGGCGGUGGAAGGUUUACGACCAUCAUCCACAUGA